AUGGUUGGAGUAGUUACAACUGCUUUACCUGCACUACCAACAACUGCAACAACAACCAACAACAACAACUUCUUACUUCCAGACAAUUCUUCUUCAGCAGUAGAUGGGUCCCUGCCGAGAAAAAGUAGUUUGAUGAAACAGGGAAGUGGAAGGCGCAGUGAGAAGAAAAAGACGGUCUCAUUCAGCUACCCAAGUGCAAUAACUGAUAGGACUGUUGCUAGUGCUCCAGAUUGUCUUUGUUACAUGCAAAAUGGUAGUGAGCUAAUCAAGAUACGCUCAAAUGGCAGGCAGUAUAGGAGGUUGUAUUUGCUGUCAUCUGAUUAUCAAGAGCUUGUAUGGCAUCCUUCUUCAAAGAAACCAAACAAGGCCAAACUUCUCGUUAGUCAGAUCAAAGAAGUUCGGUGCGGUCGUAACACAGAAAUAUUGCGAAACUUGAAAGAGUCGGAGCUUCCGAACGUAAACGAAGGCUGCAUGUUCUCCAUAAUAAUUGGCGACUCGUUUGACAGUCUCGACCUGGUAGCGGCGUCUGUGGACGAGGCCAAGAUCUGGAUCACUGGUCUCACUUGUCUCAUCACUGGAAAAUUCAAACCAUGUUAUUAUCAGAAGAUGAAACAAGUUAUUCCAUCAACAUGUCAAUGGCUGGAGGGCAUAUUUGAAGAUGCAGAUACAAGUGGCCAUGGUCAGCUGGAUGGUGAGGAGGUCGUCCAGCUCAUGAAGAAAAUCAACAAAAAUCUCUCCACAUCACAGAUCAAACAUCUUCUGAAGGAAGUCAAACAAAGCAAAGAUGAUGACGACUUCAAAUUAAGCCAAAAGGAAUUUGUUGAUGUUUUUAAAAAAUUUUCUACCAGACCUGAUAUACAUUUUCUAUUUAUAAGAUAUGCAAAGGAAAUUGAUUACAUGACUUGCGAGGAACUCAUGUUGUUUGUUGAGUCUGAACAAGGGGUUGCCGACAUGACGAGGGAGAAGUGCGUGGAGCUAAUUAUGAAAUACGAGCCAUCGGAAGACGGACGAUUGAACAGCUACAUCGGCAUUGAUGGUUUCACGGCCUACCUGUCAUCUGAGGAGUGCUUCAUAUUCAACCCGAUGCAAACACACGUCUGCCAAGAUAUGAACCAGCCGUUGUCCCACUACUUCGUCGCCUCGUCGCACAACACGUACUUACUGAAGGAUCAAUUGCUGAGCAAGCCCAGUCUGGAUGGCUACAUAUACGUUCUGAAGAAGGGAUGCAGACUCGUGAAGGUUGACUGCUGGGACGGACCGGAUAAUGAACCAGUGGUGCACAGAGGCAACUUCAUGACGGCGAACCUCACCUUCCAAUCCGUCAUUCGGGCAAUCGAUCUCCAUGCCUUCCAUUCAUCCGACUUUCCUGUGAUAAUAAACCUCGUGGUUCACUGUGGCCUGCCUCAACAACACGUCAUGGCUUCCAUUCUCAAGGAUGUUUUCAAGAAAAAACUUCUCGUUCCAUCUUCUACAUCGUCGUCUCACCAUCUGCCAUCACCUACCGUCCUCAAACACAGAAUAUUAAUUCUGAGCCAGAAAUUGUCGUCAGGCGGUGAUGAUGAUGACGAUAACAAUGAUGAUGUUGAUGAUGAUGAGGAUGAAGAUGUUGAUGGGAAAUAUUACGAGCAUGACGGCGACGACGAUGAUAAUGAUGAUAACUUAUGCAAAGAACUCGCCAGCCUAGUCUACCUCUCAAAAUCGUCGCGAAAGUUUAAGAAGUAUUUUGACGACUCCCUCAUAUCUUCCCCUACAACUGCAUUGAAACUUGCCAACACUCAUCACGAGGAACUCAUCCAGAUGAACAAAACUUGUUUGUCCUUGGUCUUCCCGAACAAGAUGAGGUUGGACUCAAGUAAUUAUCAUCCUCAGGAUCUUUGGAACUGUGGCUGCCAAUUUGUGACCUUGAACUACCAGACCUGUGGGGUGAUGAUGGACCUCAAUGACGGCCUCUUCUCACAGAAUGGUUCCUGUGGUUACGUCCUGAAGCCGAUGAUCAUGCGGGAGAAGAUUGGAUCGUUCAAGGCAAACUCCAAGGGGGUCAUUCCCGGCGUGUCUCCCCAAAUUUUACACAUUAAGAUAAUAAGCGCUCAGAACUUGCCAAAACCAGAGGGAGCAGCUUCGAAGAGCAUGACACUUGACCCCUACGUUACCAUUGAGAUUAUUGGCAUACCAGCUGAUUGCAUGGAACGUAGAACACGAACCAUUCAACACAUGGAGACAUCAACUGCUACAGUCGGCCCCAUCUAUGACGAGAGUUUUGAGUUUGAGUUGAAUCUAAUGGAGAUGGCUAUGGUCAGGUUUGCUGUGCUGGACGACGAGUUCAUCGGUGAUGAGUUCAUAGGCCAGCACACGAUACCAGCCUGCUGUCUGCUGCCCGGCUACAGGAACCUACCUCUCAAGUCCAGUUCAGGAGAUUGCAUCAAGGAUUGUCUUCUCUUCGUACAUAUCGUCAUCGACAACAAGAAGGAGAAAUCAAAAGCAAGUCGUAGAGGAUCUCUGCUGAGCAAGAAGAGGUUCGCUGAUGAGGACUUCAUCCAACUCAAGUUGACUGGUUUGAAGGCUGUUGAUGAUGUCUUCCGGUCUUCGUCACUAUCCCGGAAAGAAGCGUGUGAGCUGUCGAGCAGAGUCCACAGUUCGUUUGUCAUGUUGAGGGAGUUGUGUGGCCUGGCACCCAUCUGCAACAUCAAACAAACUGUCAGGCAGCUGUUCGUCAGGGUUCAAAAUUUAGGGGAGAGUGUCAGUCUGGAAGUGAACGUUGUUGAUGGGUGCCCCAUGCUGAAUGUGACAGGAGUUGUGCCGGACGUCAUUAAGAAAACUCUCGCCGUUUUUGAAAUGUUCGUGAUGGACAACAAAAAUUUAGAGGAGAAAGCAAACAAAAUUAUUGACAAGUUGAGCAGUUGCAGAUCGUCAGCUAUGACUUACCACGACAACCUCAGCAAUAUGGCAGCUUCCAACGGUUUUAAAGGAAAAAAACUCAACAAAACGUUGGAGAACUACGCCUGGAACAUUCGGGUCUUGAAGGGACAGGAGGACCUGAUGAGGCAAGCCAGGAUCAAAUCCAUGGAACACCUUAAGCAGGUACAACUUGAUUGA